AUGGAUCCGAAUUGUGCGUUUGUCGUAAAUCCUCAACUCUCUGGCAAUAUUCCUUUGGUUCUGGGCAGAGAAUGCCCGACCACAGAUGAGUCCUUACCACCCUCUGAAUCUUCACCACAGAGAUCUAUCCGGUCUUCAUCUAAUGAUCGUCAAAAUGACUUGGAAUCUACUCAAGACUAUGGACUUACAGAUGAAGAUGAAAUGUAUAAAACAGAUAUUCUACGGCUACUAUCAUUUACAAAUUGGACUGACAGCUCAGUGUCUCAAGAAGCAUUAGUAAAUGCUGGAUUUUAUCAUGCGGGUGAAGGUCGUCUCCGAUGUGCUUGGUGUGGAGGAGAGCUAGCACCCUUUAGAAAUUUUGGAUCUUUAGGGUCUCCACUUGAAGUACAUAGAAUGUAUUUCCCCCGUUGCUUGCAUGCCAUUGCUCUAGAGACGGCUCAGCGGAAUUACGACUCCACGAUAAUACCUACCCGCGCCACCUUCAGUCCAACAACUACAAACGAAAUAUCUGACAACCAACCGCAAUCCUCGGGUGCCGCGCAAAACGCUCGCGUUGUGGCGGCGGGCAGCUCGUGGCGCGCUUUGGGCGUGGUGGGGGGCGGGGCGAGGCACGCCGACUACGCCGCUCUGGCGACGCGCCUCCGCACUUUCAGCCACUGGCCGGCCGACCGGCCACAGCAGCCCCGGGCUCUGGCCGAGGCGGGCUUCUACUACACGGGUGUCGAUGACCAGGUGCGCUGCUUCUACUGUGACGGGGGUCUGGGCAAGUGGGAGGCGGGCGACGCUCCUUGGUCGGAGCACGCCCACUGGUUCCCCCACUGCGGCUACGUGCUGCUGGUCAAGGGCCAGGAGUUUGUCGACUCGUGUCGCAACCGUACCUCCGUGCAGCGUACAGUGUCCGCAGACAGUGGCUUGACUUGUAGACGAAGGAACCAAAGCGUCAACUUCCCUAUAACGGAGAGUCAGAUCGAUGAAUGUAUGGAGAGCAGCGCCGCCUUGGCCGCCUUAGGAGCUGGGCUGGACGCAGCAAGAGUGAGACGCGCUCUACUCAGACGUUUACGAUCCACUGGGCUACCGUUCAGUUCGUCGGAGGCGCUGAUAGACGCGGUGCUGAACGAGCAGCUGAACGAGGAGGCGUGGAGCGUGACGCCGCAGAGCCAAAGGCUGGCCAGGGACAUACUGGCCGAGACGUUGCGCGACUUCGCACCCAGAUCUAGAAUAAUCCCCGCGUCGCGGCCGGGCGAAGAAUCGGAGAGCAGAUCGGAGUCGGACAGUCCGUCGCCGUCGCCGAUCCACGUCGCGGGGGGUACCGCGAGGGUACAGCCGCCCGCUCAGCCCGCGCACCCUACCCCGGUGCAGGCGGAGCGCGUGACGUGCGCGAAUAACGACAGCACCUGCGUGCGCGACCCUAGCCCGGCGCCGAAGAAGCAACUGACCCUGGAGGAGGAGAACAGGCAGCUCAAAGAAGCGAGGCUGUGUAAAGUGUGCAUGGACAAUGAGGUGAGCGUGGUGUUCCUGCCGUGCGGCCACCUGGUGUCGUGCGCGGGCUGCGGCGCCGCGCUGUCCGCGUGCCCGCUGUGCCGCGCCGCGGUGCGCGCCCUCGUGCGCGCCUACCUCGCC